AUGAGUUCAUCUAAAAAAGAUGCUUCUGAUAAAUUAGUUGUAUUUUCAGGGUUUUUCAAAAAUAAAAAAGUUUUUGUACCAGAUGAGGAGAUAAUCAGGAAUCAUAAAGAUCUUAAUUAUAAAGCUACCAACUAUGAUGUGUUUUUAUCGAAGGAACAAAGGCGACACAAGAAGAAGAAGAUAAUCGAAUUGGCUACAAUGUUUUACAAUUCAAAUGGACCAGAAUUAAAUAAUACAGAAAAUUCUGUAUCAGUGAGUGCAGUUGCAGAUUUUUUCAAUAUACCUCGACAAUCAUUUAGUGAUCAUAUUAAAGGGAAUCAUCAAAAUAUAGCUAUUCAUGGAUACACUAGGAAGGGAAUUUUGAAUGAAGAAAAUAUUAAAUUAUUGAGAGAUAUUGUGAGAGCCGUUAGAAUUAAUGAGGACCCCGAAUUCGAAGGAAAUGAACUAUUCGCAAGUGAUAAAGAAUUGAUAAACUUAAUUAGUAUGAUAACUGUAUUCAUAAAUAAUCAGGAUGAAACAUUUAUUCAACUGAGUAGUCAAUUGGAGCUUCUAGCAGUAGAUUUAACUACUGAUGAAACGACAUCAAGACAGUCUAUUUUAGAGAAAUUAAUGGCAUUUUUCAAUAAUCCUGUCUUAUGUGUGGAAUCAUUCAAAUUGAAAGGUAGAGAUUUGGAUCAAAUGCGUCUUGGACUCAUUGCUUUAAAGAAAAUAUAUUCAUCAGAACAUGAAGUUAAAUUACUUAAUAGAAGAACAAUAUCAAGAUCUAGGGUGAAACUUGGAAUUUUUCCUCAUAACAUAAAAGGUAAAAAAACAUCCGUUUCUUCGAUAUCAUUAAAACAAGAGAGCAAAGUCAACCCAAAAAACCCUAUAAUAGAGUCAGAUCAAGAACAUUUACUACCUAAGUUAGGUAUGUCGGAAAGUGCAAUAUCAGUUGGGAAUGAUCAAAUUAUUAGAACCAUUUUUGAUAAAUUGAAUAUAAUUAUUGAUAAAAAAGACAGGAAAUCGUUGGAUGACUUGCAAGAGUAUCGCAGAUUGGUCAAUGAUUUAAUAAAUGGACUUAAUACGGUUACAGAAUAUGGUACUCUGAUAGGGGAGCAGUUCCGAAAAUUGACAGAUUUUAUCUUGCAAAUAAGUUUUGAGAAUGCAGUAUUGUUGAGAGAAAACGGCGGGGGUGAACCCAUUCUCAGUCCAUCCUCUAAGAUGAUAGAAGAUGAAAAACAAUAUAAUGAAGAGCAUCAUGAUGAUUCUGCUCCAGCCACCAAAACUGCCCAUUUUUAA